AGGCGUGCAGGCGGCGAGGGGGUUACGCGCCUGGCUUAGCUUGGCUCCGCUCGGCUCCGCGGAGGAAGGCAGAGCUCGGCCGCCGGGGCCCUGCAGCGAGCCGGGUCGGCCCCACGCCGCGCCCCGCCCACUCCGCUCCGCGGAGGGCGCACCCGGGCGAGGCGGCGCCGGGAGGAAAAGGCGCCAGCAGAGAGCGGCGUCCGCUACCAACGCCGGAGGGAGACGGAGAGCACCCAGAGCCGCAGCCCACCGGCGUGGAGGCAACCCCCGACCCUAGGCCACCUCUCGCCCGCCCCCUGCUGCGGGCCAAGGCCAGCGCCCCUCCCGGAGAUGGGUAGACGCGUGGAUGGCGUGGCUCUCAGCCCCGCCAGAUCGCAGGAGCCAGGCGCCGGGGCGCUGCGCUGAGGCUCCCGCUUGUCGCAGCCCAGGAAGCCUGCAGGUGUCCUUGGCCGCUCGGCCACCGCCCGGGAGACUCCUUCGCAGUGCCCAGAGCCCUGCUCCCGAGAGCUGCCCCGCCCCCAAGCUCGGCGCCGCGCAGGACGCCCCGUCCGAGGCCCCCCCGCCCCGGCACGGCCCCCGCAGCGCAGCGCCCAGCGCAGCGCAGCUCCCCGCCGCUGUCGAGCCGCGGACGCAGGACCAGAGGCUCGCUCCUGCGGGCGCGCUUGUUUUCCUUGUGCCGCCUCGCUCUGCGCAGCACCCGCCCGCCCGAACGCCGCGUUCCGCUCCGCCCCGCCCGCCAUCCGUGCCCUGCGCUGGAUUUAUGAAUGGGGGGAAGAGGCCACAUGCCGCCGCCGCCGCCUUGUGUUGACCGCACGCAGCCCGGGCCCGCGGAGCUCCGGCUGCCGUGAGAGCGCCGGCCCAGCCCCGGCAGCCGCUUGGAGGACUUGUUGCUGCUGCGUUGCUUCCGCCGCCGCCGCCGCCGCAGCUCCCGGGUCUCUCGGCGCGGACUGGGAGCCAGAGGGUGGCCCGUGUGAGUGUGAGCGCGCGCAGUGCGCCUGGACAGUGCGCUUCCCCGUCUGUUGGGGGGUGCAGGGGGUGUGUCCCGGGCCCCGAGCGUCUGGGUGUCCAGUGCUAGCGGGGGAAGUGUGUGUGUGCUAGCCCUGACUCCCGGGCGCCUCGCUUGGGUCCUCGGCUCUCCUUUUCCCCUCCUGCCUCCCUCCCGCCUCCCUCCCCGGCGCUGCCAGCCCAAACCGCAACCACCUGUGCCCGCGAGAAAUCCAACUCCUCCCGCUCCGCGCCCCGGGGGGGAGGCAGGGGCAGGGCCACGCCGCAGAGGGGCCCGCCGCGGCCUCCUGCCUCCUCCUGGUCUCUUCCCCCUCCCCCGUCUGACGCUGCCUCCUCUGGAAGGGUGUUUGGAGGGCAGCGGCCGCCCCAAGCCGAAGCCCCGCAGCGCUUCUUAUGAUCAGCUCGGUGUGUGUCUCCUCCUACCGCGGGCGCAAGUCGGGGAACAAGCCUCCGUCCAAAACAUGUCUGAAGGAGGAGAUGGCCAAGGGCGAGGCGUCGGAGAAGAUCAUCAUCAACGUGGGCGGCACGCGACAUGAGACCUACCGCAGCACCCUGCGCACCCUACCGGGCACCCGCCUCGCCUGGCUGGCCGAUCCCGACGGCGGAGGCCGGCCCGCGUCCGAUGGCGGUGGUGCAGGCAGCAGCGGCGGCGGUGGCUGCGAGUUCUUCUUCGACCGGCACCCGGGCGUCUUUGCUUACGUGCUCAACUACUACCGCACGGGCAAGCUGCACUGCCCCGCCGACGUGUGCGGGCCUCUGUUUGAGGAGGAGCUCACCUUCUGGGGCAUCGACGAGACCGACGUGGAGCCCUGCUGCUGGAUGACCUACCGGCAGCACCGCGACGCCGAGGAGGCGCUCGACAUCUUCGAGAGCCCAGACGGAGGCGGCGGGGGCGCGGGGCCCGGCGACGAGGCUGGCGACGAUGAGCGGGAGCUGGCCCUGCAGCGCCUGGGGCCCCACGAGGGAGGUGCGGGCCCCGGCGCCGGGUCCGGAGGCUGCCGCGGCUGGCAGCCCCGCAUGUGGGCGCUCUUCGAGGAUCCCUACUCCUCCCGGGCGGCCAGGGUGGUGGCCUUUGCCUCUCUCUUCUUCAUCCUGGUGUCCAUCACCACCUUCUGCCUGGAGACGCACGAGGCCUUCAACAUCGACCGCAACGUGACGGAGAUCCACAGAGUGGGGAAUACUACCAGUGUGCGCUUCCGGCGGGAGGUGGAAACGGAGCCCAUCCUGACCUACAUCGAGGGAGUGUGCGUACUGUGGUUCACGCUGGAGUUCCUGGUGCGCAUCGUGUGCUGCCCCGACACACUGGACUUCGUUAAGAACCUGCUCAACAUCAUCGACUUCGUGGCCAUCCUGCCCUUCUACCUGGAGGUGGGGCUGAGCGGCCUGUCGUCCAAGGCGGCUCGCGACGUGCUGGGCUUCCUGCGCGUCGUGCGCUUCGUGCGCAUCCUGCGCAUCUUCAAGCUUACGCGCCACUUCGUGGGGCUGCGCGUGCUGGGCCACACCCUGCGCGCCAGCACCAACGAGUUCCUGCUGCUCAUCAUCUUCCUGGCCCUGGGCGUGCUUAUCUUCGCCACCAUGAUCUACUACGCGGAGCGCAUCGGCGCCAGGCCUUCCGACCCGCGGGGCAAUGAUCACACCGACUUCAAGAACAUCCCCAUCGGCUUCUGGUGGGCCGUGGUCACCAUGACGACGCUGGGCUACGGGGACAUGUACCCCAAGACGUGGUCAGGCAUGCUGGUGGGGGCGCUGUGUGCACUGGCCGGCGUGCUCACCAUUGCCAUGCCCGUGCCUGUCAUUGUCAACAACUUCGGCAUGUACUACUCUCUGGCCAUGGCCAAGCAGAAGCUGCCCAAGAAACGGAAGAAGCACGUACCUCGGCCGCCCCAGCUGGAGUCACCCAUUUACUGCAAGUCGCAGGAGACCUCGCCCAGGGACAGUACCUACAGUGAUGCCAGCCCCCCUGCCCCAGAAGAGGGUGUGGUUGAGAGGAAACGGGCAGACUCCAAGCAGAACGGCGAUGCCAGCGCGGUGCUGUCAGACGAGGAGGGAGCCGGCCUCACCCAGCCCCUGGCCUCCGCCCGCACCCCGGAGGAGCGCCGGGCCCUGCGACGCUCCGGCACCCGAGACAGAAACAAGAAGGCAGCUGCCUGCUUCCUGCUCAGCGCUGGGGACUUUGCCUGUGCCGAUGGUAGUGUCCGGAAAGGCUGUGAAAAGUCCCGGAGCCUAAACAGCACAGCAGGAGCUGCUGGAACCAGUCUGGGGCUAUCUCAACUGGCAUCGCGGUACAGCUCACCCUACCCCCCCAAGAAAGCUUCUGCUCGCCCACCCCUUCCACGCCCUCCCCAGCCCACCCCCUGGACACUCAGCCCCGUAGCUGCACCCUCGGCUCACCCCGCCCCUGGGCGCACGCGCACAAACAGGCACACUCACAUGCCUCCAGCCCUCGUCCCUCCUGGGCCUGCGGGAGACAGCGGGAUGCAGGAGAACUCAGGCCCCCAGGCCUCUCCUCCACAGCACCCAGCUCCCCAAAAUGUCCAGCUCUGGGACCUGAGAGUGAGGGAGAGAUUACUUGCAGGCCUUCUAUCCCGCUCGCUCCCGUCCUGAGCUGAGGGUGCCGUCACCCCCAGGACUGUGUCUCUGGGCCCUGCCUCCCCCGCAGGGUCCCACCUAGAUCACAGCAAAUGCAUUUCCAUCCCUCGGGGCCUUCAACAAGUAACCAAACAGCCUGCAACUGAACAUCUCUGUCUGUCUGUCUGUCAAUCCCACACCCAGACCGGCCAGGAAUAAGGCUGUCCCCUGGGGCAUCUCUGCCAGUGUGUGAGGGCUUGACUCCUUGGGGGAGCGGUGCCACCUGAUGUUCUCCAGCCCUGCCAUGGGGUGCAGGUGGGAGUUCCUAGAGUCAGAGCCCAAGGAUUGGCUGCGUAGGCGCGGGGAUGUCCUCCUCUCGGGGUGGCGCCCAGCAGCGGAGCCCAGCAUCCCAUCUGCACCCCGAGCUGCAGUAUCGCUUGCCACGCUGCUUCCUCUGCUUCCCCGACAAUUCUUCUUCCUCUGCUGCUCCCUCCAACUCCCAGCCCUGCCUCUGAGUCACCUGCCGCUCCCACCCAGCCUCUGUGCUCUGUAUCGCUGCCAGAACCGGAGACUCAUCUAAUUUCUAUAAUUAAGUGUAUUCAUUUACCUAACGAGCCAGGGAGCACACAGGUCUGUGAGUCAUUGAGUGAGCAGGGGUGCACCCUGGGCAGGGGCAGCUGAGGGGAAGUGUAGGGACUGAAGCCAUCCUGCCCCCACCAGCUCGCUGACGGGCAGCCUGCCGCGCCCAGGGUGGGCCGAGCCGCAGGGGGCCCCUCCCCAGCGCACCAGCCAGGCUCUCCAGGACCUCCUCAGCCCAGGAACUCGGAACACCUCAGCCAAGGCAUUGCCUGUUUCACCUGAUGGGAAUUAGACCUGGCAGCGGAGCCGUGUGCCUGGCAAUUUUUAGAGUCAGAUUAUGCAACUUGGUCGAGGGAAUGACUAAGGAAGGUCCAUGUCUGCUCCUUCCAGAGUGGGCAGAGAUAGGUACCGCCAGACAGCAUUUUGGGACUUGGCAGGAGGCUGGGGACUCUGGAGGCCACCCCAAAAGGUGAGCUGGGCGGAAAGGUCAGACUGUUUCAUGGGGUUGGAGGGUUGAUGAAGAGCCUGUUCCAGGAGCAUCCCCAUUUCAGUGCCUUCUUCAGCCUUGGGCAGACACAGGAGUAUCCCUUCCAGAAAAGUCUGUGCAAGGUGGGUCCUCGGCUCCCCCAGCCCUGCUGUGGUCUGUGGGGCCUGCCUCCUGCUUGCUCUCAGAAUGACGAGAAGAAGAGCUGAGAAGAUACAGGGGCAUCCAUGUCACUGCCCCUCAGAAGGGGACACGGAGAGGGAAGCCCUGGAGAGCAGGGCACCUUCUACCCUUCCAGCCCAGUCUGAGAACCCAGCUUCUCCUCCAGGGGGAUGGGUUCGGUCCUGCUCCGGCCGGGCUCCCUGGUGCAGGGGUCCUGGCUCUGACACGGACACAAGGAGCUGGGUGUCCGGUGUAGCACGGGCACCACAGCUGUUUUCUCCUCUCACUUGCCUUUCUGGUUCAGGGAACUGAGGCGGCUAUUUCUGUGGCAGCCCUCAAGUUGUCAGGAGCCCAAGUUUCCACGGCACCCACCGCCUCCUUCCCUCUCUUCCCUCCCACAGGGACGGGCAUGCUCACGGCACCCCCGUGGUGGGCACAGAUGUCUCUGGGCGACAUGAUGCAGGAGUGCCAGGCUGGAGCCCCUAGUGCCUUGGGAGGUGGGCUCCCACACACCCCUCCUGUCUCUCUGGCUUCUGUAGGGUUGACACAGGAUUGAGCGUGAGCUGACGGGAGAGCUGAGUAGGCUGCCUGCCCCAGCUCCCCUCAGGGCCCUCGGAAAGGGCAAAGUGAGCCCUGGAGUUUACAGAGCCCCACUGUACACCAGGCCCCGCCUGGGGAGGCGGCUGCCUGCAUGGCCCUCAGGCUUGCCCAGGCCUUGGGCCUCCCUCCUCAGGAGAGGGCUCUCCCUCCCACCCACAAUCUGAGAGUGCAGUUUGCUUUACCUUGGACCUGGACUUGGACCUCCACCCAUUACUUUGGCUUCUAACAGCCUUUCCCCUGCAGUUGGGGCCCAGCCGCUCCCCGUAGAGCAGGGAAGCAGCCCGCUUAGGAGUUGUUACACCUCCAGUUUGUACCAGGGCUGCUGACAACCCUAGAGGCCACUUCUCAGCCCCCAGGGCUUCUGAGAGGGGUGGCUGGGAGCUGGAGCCAGAGGGGAAAGUACCUGUUCAGCCCAGAGCCCAGACUGCAUGGGAGUCAGAGGGGAGGCUGCAUAACAGCUCCGGCUGCCCUUUCACAGAGCUUCCUGGAAGACGAGGGCCCCCUCUGCCCUGGCCAGAGAACAUCGCCUUCUCUGGCAUAAUGCCUGCCCCCACAGCAGCCUCCUGCCUGCCCUGCCUGUGCCCCAGUUGAGAAGGUAGGGCAAGGGAAGGCCCAGGCCACUGCCGUCCCAGGCUGAGGAGGAGAUGCCGAGAAGGGCUCACUGAGGGGUUGGGUUUCCUGCUGUCUCUCCUGAGAUGGGCACAGUCGUCCUUCCUGACCUUCCCCUUCAGCACUCACCCUCCAGCUGCUGGGACUCUGUUCCUGCCAGAUUGAGGAAGGGGACUGGGCAUGACACGGCAGCACACUCAGGAGCCUUCCUCACCAGCUCCCUGGGACAAUGGACUAGCCCCAGGUGGUGACAGCAGAUGGAGCUAUGUCAGGGGGGAGCACAGGCUGGGCAGGCAGCAGCCCAGGUGAUGGCCUGUGGGCUGUGAGCCACCACCCUGCCAGGAACCUCUCCCACUGCCUCCAUGCCAGGCUGCAGAGCUGUGGUCCCUCUUCCCACUGCACUGCAGCUUUGAGGACCUGAGGUCUCCUGGUUCCUGGAGCUCAUUACCUAACAGGCACGGAGAUAAGCUGUAACAUCACCUAUGGGUCACCGUGGCCCAGUGCUGGGUUGGCAGAGGGGUGAUGAAGGGCUCACCCCCUUUCCUCCCCGUCCCCACUCUUCCUGGACUCUUAGCUCUGGGCCCCACACCUUCCAGCUCCGCUCCUGGCCUACUCCUCAACCCACUGCCUAUAGGUCAGCAGCUGCCUUCCUUCUAACAUCUCGUGUUUUGUUUCUCCCUUUCUUUUGCUGAACUCCUUACCCACCAACUCCCCCAAGAAGGCAAUGUUGAGCCGAAAGUGUGUGUCCAAGUGUCUCACACCUGUGCUCUUUAAACACAGAGACCUGCCAAGAUGCCCUCUCGUCCAACUAUGCCCAGGCUGAAGUCCUCACCCUCUCUUAAAGCGGCACCAACGUGAGAGAGACAGGCAGACAGACAGAAAGCCAGAGGCUUAGGGCAGCUCUGGAACCCAGGCAAGAAUCUUUCGCUGGGAAAGACUCAGAUAUCCUUGAUUGCACAGGACUGAUGGGAAACCUCCCAUGUGACCCUCGGGGCCCAGAGCCAUUGGGUCUGAUGUUCUUGUUCUGUUGUACAUUGAAGAGAUAUAUAUGCACAUAUAGUGUCUAUAUUCAUACAUACUAUACUAUUGUGUGUAGUGCAUGUGCUCUUGGUGGUCUGUCUUCUUCAUUAGGCUGUGUCUCCCCAGGCCCUCGCCCCACCCCCACCCUCACUCCCUUCCCCCUCACUGAUUCCUUGUUUCUGCUGAAUAUGUGUGUGGAAUAUCCCAGGAAAAGUGUACCUGGGAACUGCCAGUCCAGCUGGGUGGUCCCCGGCUAGACUCUCCCUCUUGGGAGUGUUUCCCCUGUGGUCCAGAGGCCUGCGGAAGGCCAGAUUGCCCCCUGGGGUCACUGCUCCACUAGCCUCACCCCAUCCCAGAUUGGGGCUCUACCUCCCACCCCACGCCCCAGUUGUUGGGGGACUUCCCGGGGCUCCUCUGCACCUUCUUCCACUCCUUUCUCCACCUUCCCUGUGUCCUUGACUGAGGGGGUGUUUCGUCUUUUUUUAUUUCUGGUUUUUUGUUCUGUCGCCUUCGUCCAUUUGUUUCCAAAGAUGCUGCUGGGCGGACGGGCAGGGAAGGGGUCUGUCUGCCCACCUGGCUCAGGGGUCCAAGAAGGGAACGCUGCGGGCGAGCGGGGACCAGUUGCAAUACAGUACUUCCUGGCUAGUGGCCAGAGUAUGCGUGCAAUAGCCGAGGCCAGGUGCCCCCUUCGACCUUGGCCUCUGCCCCUGCGUCGGCCCUCCCUCCCCACUCCCAGCCCGCCCUGCCCCUCCCUAGUGUUGGUUGUCCUUUUCUAAAGCUGUCCCCUCGUGUGUCUGAGGCAUGCCUAGGCUGGGCCCUGCCGCCCUGUCUGCAUGCCUUUGACUGUCAUGCUGUGCUCAAGCCCCAAUAAAGACAUCUGGAGCGUC